AUGAAUGAAAUCAUUCAGAUCGAUUCACUUUAUGCUGAUGAAUAUGUUCCCGAUAAACUAUAUGUACUUGUUCGAGAUAAUUUAGUAGAUCAACUUAAUGAUCGCCUCUCUAAUCUAACUAAUCCAACCCAAUAUUUAACAUCUGUCAGUUGGCAUGGUGAAGAAAAGUUAAGUUUAUUAAUGGUAGCUACUCUAAAUGGGUACGACGAAAUAGUACGAAUUCUAUUUGCUCAUUGUGAACCUCAACAUCAAGUAGAGUUAGAAGGAAAAGUAAUCAUCUCCGAGAAAGAUAUCAUUGAUGGCAU